CACUUCAAUAAUAAAAUAAGAGGGAAAAGGAUGUGCAGGAAGUCGCAAGAUGGGCAGAAACAUUUAAGGGAAGCCCAGAAAUUGAAAGUAUUAAUGGUAAUCUCUGGGGUAGUAUUGAUUUUUGGCGUUAAAAAGGAAAAUGCUCCAUGCGGGAAAAGUCCUCAGUUAUGUAUAUCCAAUUGGGUAUUGGAUUCUUGUUUAUCCCAUAGCUGUACAUUUCUUGUGCUUAAUAAUGAUAAACAGAUACGUGGAGAAAGAGUGGGAAGAUUAACAGCUAGCUAAAAAUACCUGUGGUUAAAAUAAAGUUUCAUCUAUAUUAUGACUACCUAAAUUAUAAAUAAAAUCCCAAAUAAGUCCUAGAGUGAUUUUAUUUUACAGUAACGCUCUAUUAUAGGGAUUUUUAUGAUAUCCCGCCUAUGGUCACGUGAUCAACAUGCAAAUGGCAUUAGAGCGGAGGGAAAAGCCUAACGACUCUGGGCCUCGAGCAACUUCAAAUCACAAUCGCAUGACACGAGUCGCAGGCCGGAAUUUGCACUUAAUAUGAAAUUCGUUAAUUUCCUCGUUGCUCUUUUUCCAUUUCCCCGCUGCAAAAAGGUUGUUAAAUUCGAUUGGACAUGCAAUCAGUGCACGAGAACUCAACUGCUGGGAGUAAAAUUUUAGAUUGAAUUUUAAUAACAGCAUUGCGCGGACACUAAUCAAGUAAUGCAACCAAUUUGGAACUGGUUCGAGCCCUACGAGUGUGUUUGUCCUUGUGACCAAGGAACGGACAACAUUGUGAACAAAUUUCGCUUGUUUUUCCUAAUGAAAACGCUAAUUUAUUGGACACACGCCAUGCUUAUGGUCACGGUUCUUUCGCCCAGGAUUUUUUCUAAUCUAAUUUAUAGGUGGUUUUGCUUGGGCUUGAAACCAGGAGUCUUGCUUUUUCCACUGGGCUCCCAUAAUUCACAUUUAGCCAAACCAUUUAUCAUACAUAAUAUGGGUUAUUAGAAGUGGAGUCCGGAUAUAAGAACUGAUUUUUAAGAAGAAUUGCAAAAUA